UAAAAGAGCGCAAAUCUACACAUCAGCCAUGACAACAACAACUCCAUUCCCAUAGCCAUAUGAACCACCAGUAUCCCUCUCAGAAACACACGAAAGUCGUCUGCAGAAUCUAUUCAAAGAAAAAGAUAACUCACUUUUUUUCAAGUUCAUAUCCUACAAGAAAACUUUCUCAAAAUGAGUCAUCAGUGCGUUCCCAGCUGGGAAGUUGAUGACAAUCGCACCACAGCUCCCAAACUCUCCCUUCGCUUCCACUCCAAUUCCAGCGCACCAGACGUGCCCAUGUUAGACUACGAAGUAGCAGAGCUAACAUGGGAGAACGGCCAGAUAGCCAUGCACGGCCUAGGACCACCGCGCGUGCCAGCCAAACCAAUAGCCUCCACUUCACCCUCUAAGUACACAUGGGACAAGCCACGCGCCAGUGGCACCCUUGAAUCCAUUGUCAACCAAGCUACAUGUGUCCCCCAAUGCAACAAAGCAACUUUUGACAACAGUACUGGUUCGGACCAUGACCUCAUCCCAUGGUUUAACCACCAUAAGGCCUCAGCCUCCGCCACAAUGACCAUGGACGCUUUAGUUCCUUGCUCGAACCGGUCUGAUCAAGGCCGGACAACGCAGGUGAUAGACUCCGGCCCAGCGGGAUUAGGCACGUGUGUGGUGGGUUGCUCCACUCGUGUGGGGUCUUGCAGUGCCCCAGCUGCCACGCAAGACGAAGAUGGUCUCCUCACUGGGAAACGUGCGAGGGUGGCGCGUGUCCCAGUACCACCCGAGUGGAGCAGAGACCAAAGCGUCAACCAUAGUGCCACUUUUGGCAAGAAGGACAGCCAGCAGAUGACGGUGGACAGUUGCGAGAGAGAGUUCGGUGUUGGGUUUACCUCCACUUCUUUUGGGUCGCAAGAAAACACCAGCUCAGGCACCAACCCAUGUACUAAGACCCUUACUGCUGACGAGAAUGACUCAGUUUGUCACAGCAGACCACAGAGGGAGGCGGGCAAGGAAGAUGACAAGAAGAAAGGAAAUGGGAAGUCCUCAGUUUCCACCAAAAGAAGCAGGGCUGCUGCUAUCCAUAACCAAUCUGAACGAAAAAGGAGAGAUAAGAUAAACCAGAGAAUGAAGACACUACAGAAAUUGGUCCCCAGUUCCAGUAAGACGGACAAAGCCUCAAUGCUUGAUGAAGUGAUCGAAUAUUUGAAACAAUUGCAAGCACAAGUACAAAUGAUGAGCAGAAUGAAUAUGCAACCAAUGAUGCUGCCACUGGCUUUGCAACAGCAACUCCAAAUGUCAAUGAUGGCCCCAAUGAGCAUGGGAAUGGCCGGCAUGGGAAUGGGAAUGGGUGUCAUGGACAUGAACACAAUUGCAGCUCGUUCCAACAUGACAGGAAUUCCUCCAGCACUUCACCCCACCGCUUUCAUUCCUCUGACUACAUGGGAUGGCUCAAGUGGUCAUGACCGGUUACAAACCACGGCCGCAGACCCAAUGUCUGCGUUCCUUGCCUGCCAAACACAGCCAAUGACAAUGGAUGCUUACAGCAGGAUGGCUGCCAUGUACCAGCAGCUACAUCAACAACCUCCUGCUUCUAAUUCUAAGGGCUAAUUAAGGUUGUAUAUGCGCUCACUCAUGGCUUUUUUAGAAAAAAUCUUUGCCGGCCACAGACAAAAAGCAAAAAGGUCUGCUCAUGGAUGUGAUUGUAUUUUUGCUAGCAAUGGUUAUAUAGAUGUACGAGGCAGAUGUUAUUAUUUAAGCUGCACAGAUUAGCCAGGAAGCAAGGCUGAUGCUCCCUAAUUAAUUAUCUUCCUUUUUUUUUCUAAGUUUUCAUUUAUUGAUUUCCAACUUAAAAUUUGUAAUACUUUUGGAUUUCUGAUCUACAAGGACAAGGCGUAAUGAUCUAUCACUUUGUGCAUACUA